AUGGCCCACUGCUGGACUCGCUCUCACCACCUGGCAAGGCCCCGGCUAUACCGGCAAGGAGAGCGUGAUUGUGUGGCUGUCCGCCACUGCGACGGCGUCGAGCGCCCGAAGCCAAGUCCAGCCGCCCGCGACUUCGCGCCUUGGGAGGCUUCCAGUGAAGUGGACUCGCGUCGCCCGCUUUGCGUUCCGGCACGCCAUCAAUCCAUCCGAGAGCUGUGA